UGGCCCUCUCUGACUUCUCCGUCGCCUAAACGAUAGCUACUCUAUGGCCUACACGCCUUCAUUGUUUUUUUGCGUAAUAUCAUUUAUUCACCAUCAUUGUUUCUCGUCGAGAGCUGAGGUUUCACAUCCCUACAGCCACGCUGGAAUCAUCAUCACAGCUGCCUUCUGAUUGGACGGUUCUCCGGCAGUUACCAGGGGCGUGGAACAAAGUGAAUCUGAAUGGGAAACACCACAUUACUUCUCUUAACGGGCACAUUGACAUUGGUGUGGCGAACGUAUAAAACGACCACGGCUGUGAACUUGAUGCAAAGACUUUGCGGUGAGAUAACAGUUACGUCUGUGAAAAUAGGCGGAGACGUGCGGCUGCAGAUAGCCCGCUAACAGACACAGCCACCACUGAGAGAGAUACCGGAGGGGCUCGGCGUCGUCUAAGACAUCUAUCCCUCUGGAGAUAUGGAUGUAAGGUUUUCUAUCCGAAAUUCGUAGACGUCAUUGACAGGGGGCUUGUUUUUAAACCGAGGACGAAUUGAGCCUGAAUUUGUAUGUCAUGCUUAGUCGUUAGCCUGUCAGUAUGAGGACAUGCAGAUAGCGCGUUUAGGAGUCCACCUUUUGUCGUGGACUACCCGCUAACGUCGGCUCGUGGCGUGCUGCUGGCGUUAGUUUGCUCCACUUUGCCCCCGUUCUCCCCUCGUAUGACCGGCUCUUCAGUUUGGCUGAACGCGCCGUCUAUGACAUCCGUCGCUGCGAAACGGGCCUUUGCUGAAAAACUGCGUCACCGAGUGGGCGCUGCAGGUAUUCAGCCCCGAAUUGUGGUGGGAAUUAUACCAAUGGCAAAUUCCGCCCGGAUACGUUACUGAUAGUUUUUAAAAUGGAUCCCGGGGAAGAUUCAAACACGGAACCCCCGCAAGGACUCAAUUAUCCAUCCAACUCUCGGUGCGAGCUCAACAUAAAUAUGUAUGAGGGCAACAGCGACGGGAACGUCAAUAACAUGGACUCUUCCAAACUAGUGAGAGGGGGCAGUGACCCUAGUGCAUACCCUUCCUCCAAUUAUCAGAGGAUCGUGCAUCAGAGAUUCAUCCGGAGAAGUCUAUGGUUCUCUGACUCAGAUGAGCAGGCAUUUGAAGCACCUGAAUGUGACAAUAAGAGCAAACUUCUAAACAUAAACCUGCGCACCAUAGUAGAUCGAACGAGGGUGCCUAGGGCUGAAGUUCAGGAAAGUUCUAGCACUGAGAGUCAAUGUGGACAAAAAGACAACAGUGCAACUGAGAGCGUUGGUGCCGAUGAGGACAAGGAGAAGUGCCCAGAUGCUCUGAACGUCGUCACGUGCAGCGAUGGGUUGAAAGUGGCGGUCAAGGCGUCCAGCGAGGAAAACGAGGAAGAGGCUGAGAUGAAGGCGGUUUCCACCUCACCUGGGGGAAGAUUCCUCAAAUUUGACAUUGAGCUGGGCAGAGGAUCCUUCAAGACGGUCUACAAAGGCCUGGACACAGAGACCUGGGUGGAAGUUGCCUGGUGUGAGCUACAGGACCGUAAGCUGACCAAAGCGGAGCGGCAGCGCUUCAAAGAGGAGGCGGAGAUGCUGAAAGGCCUCCAGCAUCCCAACAUCGUCCGCUUUUACGACUUCUGGGAGUCGCCCCAGAAGGGGAAGAAGUGCAUCGUCCUGGUAACGGAGCUCAUGACCUCAGGGACACUUAAAACCUACCUGAAGCGUUUCAAGGUGAUGAAGCCCAAGGUGCUGAGGAGCUGGUGCAGACAGAUCCUGAAGGGCCUCCACUUCCUGCACACCCGGACCCCCCCCAUCAUCCACAGGGACCUCAAGUGUGACAACAUCUUCAUCACUGGUCCCACGGGCUCGGUGAAGAUUGGUGACCUUGGACUUGCUACUCUCAAGAGGACCUCCUUCGCCAAGAGUGUCAUCGGCACGCCGGAGUUCAUGGCGCCGGAGAUGUACGAGGAGCACUACGACGAGGCGGUGGACGUGUAUGCCUUUGGGAUGUGCAUGCUGGAGAUGGCCACCUCCGAAUACCCGUACUCGGAGUGUCAGAACGCCGCCCAGAUCUACCGCAAAGUCACCAGUGGUGUGAAACCAGCAAGCUACAAUAAGGUCAUGGACCCUGAAAUCAAGGAGAUUAUUGGGGAGUGCAUUUGCCAAAAGAAGGAGGAGCGGUACUCCAUCAAGGACCUGCUGAACCAUGCUUUCUUUGCGGAGGACACGGGUGUGAGGGUGGAGCUAGCGGAGGAGGACGAUAGGGAAAAGGCCUCCAUUGCUCUUAAGCUGUGGGUGGAGGACCCUAAGAAGCUCAAAGGAAAGUACAAGGAGACCGGCGCGAUAGAGUUCUCCUUCGACCUGGAGAAGGACGUUCCAGAAGUGGUGGCGCAAGAGAUGGUGGAGUCCGGCUUCUUCCAGGACAACGACGUGAAGACGGUGGGCAAGUCGAUCCGGGACCGCGUGGCGCUGAUCAAGUGGAGGCGCGGGCGGACGGUGUCCGUCGCCGUCCCCGCAGACCAGGGCGACGCGGCCUCCGCGGCCCAGACCGCCCCGGCGGCGGGCCUCUCGUCCGGGGCCACGAACGCAGGGCCGCCCCCUCUGCAGGAACCGGAGGAGGCUGAGGCAGACCAACACAGCCGGCUGGGUAACCUACCAGCCAGCGCCACCUCUGUGGCGUCAGACUGCACCUUCGACAGCGGCCUGGGCUCGGCGGUGUACUCUGACUCCCACAGCAGCCAGCAGAGUGUCCUCUACCAGUCCCUGCAGGAGCCCGUCACCAUGGUUACACAGCAGUGCCAGACCAUUGGUUCACACCGGUCCUCUGAGCGGCCGCGCUCUUGUGAGCGAGGGCAAGUCUGGCAAGGGCCUCUGGAUCCAGAGUUCACCAGGUCCGUGGCGCGUCGAGGAAGUGCCUCCGUCAUUGACACUCUCAGGGCCAACCAGAUCGCCCAGCUGCACGCCCUGCUCGAUGCCCAGAACAAGAGAUCAAUAAGUCCGACCUUCUCAGUGUCUGGGAGCCAUAGCGAGCUCAGCUCCAAUGACUCCGAAGCCGAGGACGGCUUCCCCGGCCAUCCAACUCCUUCGCAGCUGACGUGGCUCCCCCCCGGCCUCCAGCGCUCAGAGUCCCGUCGCCAUAGCGACACUUCCACGGUGCACCUCGGUGGCGGGACGGAUGUGUCCGCCGUCGCUUCCGGGCGUAGACACUCGGACCUCAGCAGCCUGCUCAGUGUACACUCCCAACAUCAGCUCCAGCAGCAAAUGGGAGGCCGCAUGUGCCCCGUCUGCCUCCAUUUGUUGAUGCUCAGGUCUCAAGAGGCAGGCCGGCCCAGCCCGUCUUACGGCGUGCCAGCGCACCACUGUCUGUGCGCCCUGCAGCGGCCGCAGCACCAGAACCCCUGUGGGACGCCGGCCCCUUUGGGCACGGGGGGGCCCAAAGAGCACAGCGAUUGCUCAGACUUCUCUGUUCUUCAGCAGUCCUUGCUCAACAUCAUCAGCCGCAAGUCCGCCCCCAGUCAUGUCACGGCCUGCCACGUCAGACCCCUGCUGCACCCAUCGGCGGCCAGCAGGCCCGUCCAAAGCUACGGAGACGGCAGCCUCAAGAUCCCCUCCUCCAGCGGCACGCGUCCACAGGACCGCAGAGCCAGCUACUGUUGUGGAGAGUCUCAGUUCAGCUGGGCGGUAGGAGUGCUCAAUCCAACGGGAGUCCACAACCAACCCCCUCCCCAGGUCCUUCCACCCUCGGGUCUGGCUGGACACGCCCAUCUGCAGUACCUCCAGCUGGGGCAGAGCUACCCCGCUGCCAACGUCCAGCAUGCGGCUAACUUCUCGGCUCAGAAUUCGGCAUCGCCGGUUCCUCAACAAGUUGCCCAGAGUUACCCAGCAGCGCCUCAACAUCAGCAAUGUCAAUCAGCCCAGGGCUACUCUGAUCCGACUCAGCAACAAAACGCAGCGAUGUUCUCCAUGCAUGUUCAGCAGUCCCUGUCGGGCGCCGGAGAAUCGACUAGCACACCUCCACAGCCGCUAUCAAACGGUUACCCAGCUAGCUCUCUGGCUGCCCCUGCCCAGUGUCUCCCCAGCCUGUCACCAGGCAUCGCACCGCAGAGCUGCACCACAUCGGCCCUUUACAACCAACAGCUCCCACUUCAACCACAGCAGCAGCAGCACUUGCAGCACAUACAGCAAGCCAGCGUCCAGCAAACGCAGCAGGGGCAUGUUCCAUCUCAAGGUCCACAUGGCCAACAAAGCAUGCAUGCCCUUCAACAACAACAGCAACAACAACAACAGCACAUCAGUAAUCAGCAGCCUAGCCUUCAGUCUCAACAGGCUUCAUUUCAACCGCAAGCUGCAGCAGCACUGCAUCCGCCGUCAGCUGUUCAGCACCAGAGCCUUCACCCCUCCCAACAGGUUCCAACCCCGGCCUCUCAGCUCUACUCCACGGCAACCUCCCCCAUGCCACAAGCCCCCGCGGGUUACCCAGCCGCAGGCCAGCCCGACUCCGGCCCUCAGACCCACUAUGCGCCGGCGUACUUCAUGGCACCGGGACAGACCUUCCUGCCUGGCCCUCAACAGGCCACUGUUCAGCAAGGAACACCCCAGAACCUACCGGCCUCUGCCCAGCAUACCCAGGCGGCAGUCAGCCAACAACAGUUCGUCCCUUAUCUCAAAAUGGCUGCUUUCCUGAAUCAGAAUGUUCCUGCUGGUCAUUGCGUUCCUCAGCACGAACAAAAUGGACAGACCCUCAACCAAUCAAACUUGAGUGCGAUUCCACAUGCAUUGCCACCUCAACAGCCAGUUGCUCAGGUCGCUACCCAACAGCAACUUGCACACCUGCAGAUUUCCAACCCGGCACAUCCACCCCAGCAUUCUCCCCAGCCGCCCUCCUCGUACCCGGCCAUCCAGGUGAUGACGGCUGCCGGCGAGCCCUGCCGCACUCUGCCCUGCGUCGCCCCGCCGUUCUACCCCUCCCCUGCCUCGCUCGCUCCUAUCUUCCUCUCUCACAGCCCGCCUUUCCCCCCUGCCUCGUCACUCUCCCCCCUGCACGGCGAGGGCACUCUGGCGCCCGUCACGCCCGGGCACCUGAUCCCGUCCCCCGGGCUCAGCAUGCAAGUGCCCGUACCCUCAGUGCACCAAUGCGCAUCGGUAGCCGGCCUCGAAGCUCUCCACGCGCAGCCUGUGAUAGUCACAGCAACCCUCGGCACACACAUCACACACUGUGCACACGCACAGCUUCCCCCGCCCGCCGGCACCGAGCCCCCGAAACAGGCUCAGCAGCCCGUCCAGCCAGGCCACAAAGACCCCAUCCCCACGGCUCAGCUGGUCCAGGUGGCCCCACCCAUCCAACACACGCAGAGAGAACAGUCGGCCGUCUUCGUUCCACCUGUGCAGAGUGGGCCGUGCUUUGGCACCACUGCAGCGAGCAACCAGCUGGAUCCCAACCAGAACCCCUGCCAAGUCCCUCUACAGGGGCAAGCCCAGCACCAGGCACAGAGCCAGGCUGCAGCGCCGCAGCCCCCCCCCUCCUCCUCCUCCACCUCCACAGAGAGAGCCUCGUCAGGACCCACGAGUUCCGGUGCCACCGUGACUCAGCAGAUACCGACCGUCGGCCCGGGUACCUUGGGUCAGGGCCAGACGGAGAGCAAGCUUGAGGAUCAGGUGGUCGAGAAGCCGACGGCAGGACAGAGUUAUGACAGUGUGAACUCAGACGCCACCUCUGGGAAGGAGAUGAGCGACGGCUGUGAGGGGACGCACGGCGGCAAAGGAGAGUGCAAGGUCCGCAAGCACCACCGCAGGUCCACACGCACGCGCGCCCGCCAGGAGAAGAUCAACAGGCCCAAACUCACCAUGCUCAACGUUUGUAACACGGGGGACAAGAUGGUGGAAUGUCAGCUAGAGACCCACAACCACAAAAUGGUGACGUUCAAGUUUGACCUGGAUGGAGACGCACCAGAGGAGAUCGCCACUUACAUGGUGGAGAACGACUUCAUCCUGCUGCUGGAGAAGGAGGCCUUCAUCGAGCAGCUGAAGGACAUCGUGGACAAGGCGGAGGACAUGCUGAGCGAGGACACGGAGGGAGAGCGGAGCUCGGACCAGGGCGGCAGCCCCCAGCAGAGCCAGGGUCCUGGGACCCUCAUGACCUCCGAGGGCUCGAAGGCCACUACGCCACACACACCUCAACAAGUCUAUCAGCAAAAUGUGCUUCACACGGGCAAGCGGUGGUUCAUUAUCUGCCCGGUGGCUGAAACGCCCACGACGCCCAAGGAGAAGCCCUCAUCUCAAAGCACCACAGCCAAAGAGUCUGAAAGGGCUGGCGCUUCUUUAGUCUCCUCCAGCGGCAGCAGUUCCACCACCGCCACCACUGCAGCCCCGGCUCCGUCCUCGGCGCCUUCUAUCCCCUCUCCCCCUGCUGCUCAGAGCUCAGCACCGCCCCAGGACCCCACUGUUGGCGAGGCUCGAGUGAAGCAGACGCAGCCCUGCAGUACCACACAUAAUCUCCCCAGCGUCAACCACCACAACUCCCUCCCUGUAGAUGAGCACUGCAUCUCCCUGGUCACGGACAUACCGUGCUGCCCGAUCGCUCCGCCUAUGUCUCUGGAUGUGAUGAUGGACCACAAGGCUGCGGCCGGUGGCCUGGCCUCCUCGGCGCACAAUCAGACCAAUCCCAAGCCCAGUCCUACCGGAGACCCACCCCCCCCGCUGGGCUCCCAGCAGCCGGUGGUCCUGCAGCAGCCGUAUGCCACCCCCAUCCAGCCGGGGGCCGUGACCUCGCAGCCCCAGAGCCCGGCACACCAGAGCUCCCAGCUGGCCCAGACCUCCGGCCAGCAGCAGCAGCCCGGCGCCCCCGGGGAAUCGGACAGCGAAAUGCCCCGAAGGGUGGAGUUCGUCGACCGCACCAUCAAGACCCUGGACGAGAAGUUGCGGAACCUUCUGUACCAGGAGCACGCCCCCACCCAGGCCCCGAGCAACACCUCUGACUCACAGGGCUCUGCAGGCACCGAGGGCACCAGCUCCACACCAGUGUCUGACGGCCAAUGCUGCGACAUAGCGCUCAACAAGAAGAAGGGGGAUGCUCUGCCCCAGAUUCCUGAGCGAUCAGAAAUGGUGGGUGCCCAGACAGACUCUGCAGUGCCAGCCACUGAAGCAUUACCCAGGACGUGUUGUCAAAAUGAUUCACCAACCAAAAGUCGUUUCCAAAUCGUCCCCACCCCUCCAGAUGUAAUCUGUGGUCUAGAGAAAGGCAGAAAGAGCCACAGCUCCUGCAGUUCACCAGUGCCCUCUAGUGGCUCCGGAGGGUCUCGUGCCCACACCCAAGGCUCGGACAACCGGGAGAAGGGCUCCCUGGCCCUGGGCAGGUUCUCUGUGACCACUGCGGCACUGGAGGACGGGGCCGUGAAAACGGCCAAACCUCCAGCGAGUAACCGUUACUCCGCCCCUCCAGACCUCUAUCAGGACCCCCCCGCCCCCUCCAGCCCCGACGUCACCCCCGUCCACCUCCCCUACGCCAAGGCCGUGGACGGCCCCGGCCGGCCCUACUCGGACUCGGCCGACGACGACAGCAGCAGCGUGGCCCCCCCGGCCGCCCGCCCAACCCCGCCCUCUAAGGCGUCGUCGGAGCACGGCGGCGGCGACCUCAUGAAGCGGGCGGUGGCGUUCCUGCGUCGCUCGGGCCACAGCAGCAGCAGCACGGUGCACAGCUCGGACUCGCCUGGCCGCCAGCCCGCGGUGAUGAACGGCCACGCGCCCUCGCCCGCCGCGCCCUCGUCCUACAUGAGCAGCGACAAUGACUCUGAGUUCGAAGACGCGGACAUGAAGAAGGAGCUGCAGAAACUGAGGGAGAAACACAUGAAGGAGAUCUCGGAGCUCCAGGCCUUCCAGAGGAACGAGAUAGAGCGGUUGUACACUGAGCUGGGGAAGACCCUGCCCCCCAGUGUGGGACUGCUCCACGCGGCGCCCCCCAGUGGCCGCAGACGCAGAGCCAGCAAGCACAAGCUGAAGGCCGGGAAGCUGCUCAAUCCCAUGGUGCAGCAGCUCAAGAACAACCUCAACACUGGUGAAAGCACGGCCAGCUCAUCUGGUUCGCCCGCCAAAAGCUCUGUCCUGUCGGAUGGCUCGCUGCGCUCCAGCGGCGGGGGCAGCAGCAGCAGCAGCUCGGCGACGGGGCCCGCCGCUGCCACGGAGCAGGUGCUGACCCAGCAGCCCUGCUCGGUCAAGGGCUCCCUCUCCUCGGACAACAUCUACGCUGGGCUUCAAGGCGACGGCGUGGCCCCCCAUGCGGGCCCCGGCCAAGGGUCAUCUCAAAGCACACCCGUCGCUCAGACGGCCUCCAAUCAGACGCAGCCCUUCGUCUCAGCCAUUCCCUCUCAGUCCCCUCAGCCAAUCACGGGGCAAGCUAGGAUCCAGAGCAACAACAGCAACAACAACAACAAGAAGGGUACCUUCACAGAAGACCUUCACAGACUGGUAGACGAUUGGACGAAGGAGACAUUAGCCAGCGCCCACCAGCCGCGGCCCUCCCUGAACCAGAUCAAAGAGCAGACCCGCCGGCAGGACCUGGGAGGCCGAAGCAAAGCCAUCGGACCGGCCGCAAACGAGGUAAGAUGCCCUACGGCUGCUAACAAGCUGCAGCUGCCUCUGUCCUGCCCUCUGUCCACCGCUUUAUGCCCUCCUAGACCCACAGCUCUAGGUCCCAGCGCCUCCGUGUUUCCCCCCGGUUACAUCAUGCCGGUGGGCCAUGUCGGAGGGCCUCUGCCCGGGCCCAUCUACGCCCAGCAGUGGUCCGGCAUGCCGAGCCCCGUGGGGGCCGUCGGGCUGCUAGGCGUCGCCGGAGUGAUGCCCUAUGUUGCCAUAGCAACCCCGACGGCCCAGGCUUUCCCUCUCAUCCUCCACCAUCCUGACAAUGCCGUGUGUACCAACAGCAACCGGAUGAUGUGAAGGGUUGUAUCUUCAGUUUUCCUCCCCCGCCCAUGCUAAAGAGAUCCCUGGUGGUCGCAGCAAAGCAGGGGAACACCAGUACAGUGUCUACAGGAGCGGUACUCUUGAUCCAUUACGCUCUGACUCUUGGGUCGCCAGAGACACGCGCACACACAGAGCGUGUCCACAAUGUGUGCUCCUACUGUAAAUAAUUCUGUCUAAGUGUUGAUAUCUUUAUAAAACGCCUAUAGUUGACGUGAGUAUGUAUGUUUGUAUAGUAUAUAUGUUAACGUAUGCGUGUCUUAAUACUUCAAGGCUUUGGUUUUGUCUAGCUUAAAGCCAUACUGCAUAUACAACACGCCGUCACAAUGAGACGUUUCUCGAUACAAUUCAUUUGCUGCUGAUUCCAGUGAUUUUUUUUUUUUGCCUUUUCAAUUUCUGUCCACUUUAAAACACUACAUUUGAAUCCAAACAGGGGGGCUUGAGAAGAAGGAACAGUAUUUAUGACAAUGUCGAAAGGAAUGUAGUGCCUUGAACAUAGCUUUUUUUCUGUGAAGCAAAGCACGUCCGCAUAUAAGUGAUUUUUAUUUCCAUGGUGGCCUGAGUGCUACUUGUUUUUAAUGCAUUGCAGACACUUUUUUUGUUGUUGGUUUACAUAUGAAUGCCCUUGUAGAAAUGCACUAUUAACACAGUAUAUGCUCUUAUUUAAGUAAUAAAAGUCCUGUUUUAUCCUCAUUUACGCUCCCUACCUGUGAAGGCAACACAACGCCAUAAUGGUGACAUGUCUGUCCGCCUUGCAGAAACGGUAUAUCUAAAGCUGAGGUACUAGAAGAGAUGAGACUAACCAAGCCAGCAGCCAAACUACACUUUAUCAGGUCAAACGGUUCAUUUGGACACAGCCUCGUGAAUAGCAUGACUAAAUUGCGAGAGGAGUGUGGGAGAGUUGUCCUAGCUUUUUGCUGGAAAUGGUUGGGUCGUCGGUGUGUCCAGAGCCAUGUAUACUGUACAAAGUCCUCUAUAUAGACCUCUGGUAGUGUCCCAAUCAGAAUGUAGCAGUUUAACAUGAUAACUGGGUUUCUGAGGCUUUAAAGUGCAAUUUUCUAAACCCCGUGCAAAGCUUUGACAGUGGCCUUGCCACAAGCCUUAUCCCCCACCCCAUAUGUGUAACUGGAGCUGGCUGCAAAGUUGAUCCGAAGUUACGAACCACAAGACAAACAUGAAAUCCUCUUGUUUACUUUCAACACUGUCCUAUAUAUGUUUUAAUGUGUACAAUUAUUUGGUGCAAUCUUUGUUUAGUGUUCUUGUAUUGUGAAACAUUUUUGACGCUGCUAUUGUGAUGUAUGGAUGAAGAACUAGGAUAGAUGGUACUUAAAGAACUUCGAAAUUCCUCUGCGAUGAGAUGUUGAAGAAGCAGUAUUAUUGCCUUGUGUGAAAAACAAUUAUGCAUUAUUUCCCUUUUUUCUUUUCAUAUUACAUUCUACUUUUAAAUUCCCUUGUGUGAAAUGCUAAACUCUGACUCCAAUAUGGGAUAUUUGCACAACAGAACACGAUCUUCCCACUUAUUACAUGUGGUUAGGGGUUUCAAAUAUGAUCUGGGUGUACUUUACAUCACUGAGCAUGGCUUUACUGUGUUAGUUUUAUCCUCCCAGCAAUGGUUAACGUUACAGCUACUGUGGUGUAAAAUUAAAUUUUCCUUUACACUAUUCCAAUGUUACAGCACACCAACCCUGCCAAGCUGUGAAUUGUACAGUUUUCUUUGUAUUUAUGUGUGGGAAGAGCGGGGGAAGUAUUGAUGUAUAGUAUUUCAUCAAUUCGGUUUGAAUGGGACUUUUAUAGAUCAUUAUGUCUUCUGCUUUGGUUAAAGACUUCCAGUAGUAAGAGAUUUCUGUUCUCUGUAACUUGUUUCUGGUACACAUUUCUCCACCUCCCAGACUGUUGACUAUUGUCGUCAGCCGGUGAGGGAUACACACUGUUUGAAUACUCGCCGUGAUGGAGGGUUGAGUACACAUGGACGCACAAAAUGUACAGAUCUGUGCCCACAGUGCUUUCAUCAAAUUUCUUUCGGAACAACACUACCAUCUAGUGAAUAUGCGCUGAUUGUCUAAACGCUUGCAUUUAAGCUCUGGUCUGCUGUAUCUCCCACUGCAUUACCCGAUCCAACCUGUCAGCUGCACUCUAAUCACUAAGACGGUACAUGUGUGAGAGAAAUAAAAUUAUUUUGAGCUUGAGUGUUGUUAUUAUCCUUGUUCAUUUACCACAAAUUGAUAUGGAAUUAGUUGUUUUUUAAUACAAUUGUACAUGCACAAUAACAUACAAUUAAAGCUUACUUUUCUCCUAUUACAUAUAAUGUAGUUA